AUGGCUGACUGUCCUCAGCCACUGUGCUGUCGAUAUGGUAAACCAGCAUCCGGUCAUGUUGGAGCUGGUUUCUGGGGUGACUAUAGGCAUUGUGAUUUACCAUUAUGGACUGCUGAAAAUUUAAUGAAAUACAUAGCUGAUAAUGAAGAGGAAAGGAUUUUUGACAUCGUAUACUAUACGGGUGAUUUACCUCCUCAUAAUGUGUGGAAUCAAUCUCGAUCAGACCAAUUGUAUGCAACUGAUACAAUUACAAAUCUACUGAGAAAGUAUUUUUCAAAUAAGAUAUUCUAUCCUGCUCUUGGAAAUCAUGAAGCCGCACCAUGCAACUUGUAUCCAACACCAGCGAUAAAGUCAGAUAAUAUCUCAUGGUUAUACACGUCGCUUGCCGAUCACUGGAUUCAACUUGGACUGCCAGAAGACACAAGAGACAGCAUCUUGCGUGGAGCAUUUUAUACCACAAUAGUUCGUCCCGGUUUGAGACUAAUUUCAUUAAAUAUGAAUUAUUGUGCGUCAGACAAUUUCUGGCUAUAUAUAAAUUCUACGGAUCCAUUGGGACAGCUACAAUGGCUAAUCACCUGGUUACAGUAUGCCGAAGACAACGAUGAAAAAGUUCAUAUUAUUGGUCAUCACCCACCACGAUCGUGCUUGGGAUCGUUUAGUUGGAAUUUCUAUCGCAUUAUUAAUCGAUAUGAGAAUACGAUAGCUGGCCAGUUUUAUGGUCACACACAUACGGAUGAAAUCAUCGUGUUUUAUGAUCAGAUAGAGAAGCGACGACCAGUUUCGAUGGCUUAUCUAGCACCAUCUCUUACACCCUUUUCAUUCAAGAAUCCUGGUUAUCGCGUGUAUUUAGUUGAUGGCGAAUACGAGAAUAGUACGUAUUGGGUAUUGGAUCAUCAUACAGUUAUCAUGAAUCUGACAGCAUCAAAUUUAUUGAAUCGAACAACAUUUGUUAAUGAAUACUCAGCUCGAGAUGCGUACAAAAUGGCCUAUCUAUUUCCAACUGACUGGGACAAUCUCAUUGAUCGAUUAAUGGCCGAUAUUGAUGGUGACAUGAUGGGUUUAGUUUAUAAGUACUAUACAAAGUCGUAUGCAAACGGUACAGCAUGCGAUCAUAAUUGUCGCAUGGGGCUGUUGUGUGAUUUCCGCACAGCUCGAUCAGAAGAUACGUCUUGUCUAGAUUUCAUACCACCGCAAUUGUUGACAGUGACUUAA